AUGAGGGACCCAAAUUCUCUCGGUUCACAGCCAACUGCUGAUCGUGUCGUACCAAUUGUCGUCGGCGCCGCCGAGAACCUUUCGAAUGUGCUUGCGAGUGAUCAGGGCGAUACCACCACACAGCUCCCAGGUCACCCCGUCAGUCCAUUCGGCCAAACGGAAAUCAUGCUCAGCUCAGUGACCAACAAGCUCGACUCAAUGACCAACAAGCUCGACUCAACGAUUAAUAAGCUCGACUCAAUGACCAACAAGCUCGACUCGGUGAACAACAAGCUCGAUUCCAUGUGCAACAAGCUCGACUCCAUGUGCAACAAGCUCGACUCGACGGACAAGUUUAACUCACUGGACAACAAACUCGACGCUCUUACUGCUCGAACCAUGGCAAAUGCACAUAACAGUAUGGCGCGACUCCAGAACGGGCAUAGCCACUGGCACGAGGAACCCCUUGUACCACUCGUGAAUCCUGCCACCAAUGCCGCCAUUCCAGGGUUUCCUCCGUCAUACUCAGACGUUACAGACAACAUGGAUGAUCAGGGGCUUGAUGCUGUCUUACGGGAGUUGGAGUUGUCGACUGAGGGAAACGCGCUAGAGAAGAAGAGACGCAUCAGGCAAUUCAUCGGUAUCAAACCGUUACGGGGAUAUUAA